AUGAUCGCGGGAAGUCACACCCACACCUUCCCAUGGAACGAGGGCGACGUCAACAAACGGCAUGCUGAGGAAUAUGUCUCAGAUUGCGCUAAACACUAUCACCUCCAACGAGACGAGCUGGAAGCCGAUCUACGAAGCCUACAUCAGCGCUUGAUCCAAUAUAACAGUUAUGUAGAGACUCACAUUCGACAAUAUGACCGCCGAUUCAAGGAGGUGGUUGGUGUCGAUUCCGAAAGUUUUGCCCAUGGCUAUCAAGCUCUGAAUUCGCUUCGAAUCCCGCCAGUGGUGAAGAAAUGUCGGUUGCCACACGGACUACAGUCACCGACGUUGAGUGUCUUGACUGAACCUAUCAACAGUAGCCAGUCAAGCACUCGAAGCGAGGUCCACGUUGAUCCAGACGCAUCAGGUUCCAAAGGAACGCUGGAUCCAUCCACCGCUAUUGCAGGAGGGACUACAGCUCCAGAGAAGGAAGUAACAAGUCCAGGUAACCCAUCGCCACUGUCACAAGAUGAUGGUGCCCAGGGCCAACAACUUCAGAGCCAAGACGAUUCGGGCCCAUUGCAGCGUACCGAGAGUUCUGGCGCUAGAGCCAUGACAGAUCAAGUCGCUGGGAUCUCCGGUAUCACGUCGGCGACGCCUCAUGAUGUAUUAGAUACUCUAGGAGCUAAAGUUCCUCCAAAUCUUGACCCGAGAAGCUCCUCAGAUCCGCUUCUCAUACCACCGUCUGAUGUCGCAGAAGACCAAGCUCAGACUGAUGAGGACCCCCUAGAUGAUAUAGGGGAGGAAGACGAUGACAAUCCCUUCGACUUAUCCUACGAUCCAGCACAAGAUCGGGCGAGCUCAGGAGGAGUUUUCACUGGGAAGAAACGAAGAGCUGCCAAUGGCCCCUCGUCUGAUAUCCGAUUCAGGAAGAAGCGCCGAUCAACGCUGGGCGACUAUGUUAACGACCUGUUAUGUGUCGAACGUACCAUUACAGUUGAUCAGUAUAUUGAAGGAGAAGGAAUAUUCUGCGUGAAGCAGUGGCCGGGGUAUCUUUACGUACUACGCUGCGGCAUCGCCGGCUGUAGUGAGAGGAUCUCCUACUCCAAGCCGUUCAAAGGAGACGCUACAUAUAGGCACUUCAAUAGGCACUAUGCCGAUGGAAUCAGCCGGUGUGAGGCAUACAUUGCUGUCCACUAUGCCUACAAGAUUGUCGGGUGGGAUAACGUAUGGAGGAAGGAGAGAAAGCGACAGAUUCACAGAUGUCUUCUUGAAGACUAUCAGCGAGAGGCUGUCACUCAAAAUAGUCCUCGUCAACCGUUGUCCAAUCUUCCACCUCCUCAAGACAACGCUCUGGGAGAACUCGUAUCCCCAAUAGACAUAACGGCGGUCACGCCGAACCUAGCAGAGGAGCUUACCAGUAUUACAAAUGAGAAUGGUUGCCUAGCCAUAAGUAACAGCCUAUACCCCCAGACCAGCGACGGGAGUUCUUUCAUCAAUUGUAAUGCUGGCAGUCAACUUAUUGACCAGAGUGCCGAAGAAGCCGACAGUUCUCAAUUUACCCAGUCCGUAGAAGGAUCGCACAGACAGCGUACCCCUUUCCCUCGUAGAUUCGCUCGCCCUGAAGCAGAUACUGAAGUCACGUGA